CGGUACGAAUGUACGCGGCUGCUGCGUGUGCGCACUCAGUACUCACUGGACUGCAGUCGUGUUUGAUUUUUGUGAUUCAUUUGGCGUUGUGGUGAAAUUCUCUCGUGUAAUUUUGUGCUUUUUAACCUUAUUUUAACUGGAUUUCUUAUAUAAUUGCUGACGAAAUGCAGGUAGCUAGGCGUGACUGGUGUUGUGGAGGCAGCCUACGAAUAAAAUGCUUUAUCAUUGGAUACAUGAAUUUGAUUGCGAGCAUCACUGACAUCGGAUGCCAUCUCCUCAUAGUCGCCAUUGUUACCAAGGGUUUCCAAUGCGACCCCGACAAAGAGAGUCUUCGUUUAAUAGACUGGCCUUGGCUAGAACCAAUUCUCCUGGUCCUUAAUCUAGGGACGCAUGGAUUCUAUCCAUUUCCCCUCAUCCUGCGUUCUUACACUGACGCCAAUAUAGACUAUUUGCCGCUGCCUGGACAGCCCCGGUGCUACCCUGGUAUGCUUCAUGUGUAUCUGAUUGAUAUUUUGAACUUUUUGAUCAACGCUAUAUGGUUCAGAUUUGUUCUGUCAUAUGUCGCGGCUGUACAUAAGAAAGAUCCAGAACCCAUGAGAAUGUUCUAUGGCCUAUCCGUCCUGAAGUUGGUUCUUCAGGUGCUCUACAUAGCCUACCAACCGGACCGCGAUGACUUCACUGUGGAGGGCUACUGGUUCAUCAAACUGAUGGAUGUUUGCAUAGCAGCCAUAUUCUUGUACAUAAUCCAUAAGUAUACAAAACAAUUGAUGAUUGAAAGAGCACAACUUAUUGUGGAUCAGCCGCCAUCAUACGUGGAGUGUCUAAUUAAUGGGAGAAAACCACAGAUAGAAGAAAAGAAAGAAGCCAUCGUGACAGUAGAAGAGGCCAAAGACAAUACAAACGUGGCAGCUAUAUAAUUUUGUUGUAUGGGUUUAUUUUACGAAUUUAAAUUUUGAUUCCUAAUUUUUAUAUUUUUUUAAAUAUUAAACAGUUUUGACAUUUAUAAACAGUUCGAAAAUUUCUGCGACAGUAAUCAUGUAAGUAGUAAAUGUUUGUUUUUUUUGACAAAACGACUUCCUAUGGUAUGUUUAAAGUGUUUAUUGUUUUUAAUUAUCAAGACAAAUAUUAUGUAAUCUCAAAUAAAGAUACUUAUCUUAAA